AUCCGUACGCCAUUUUUUCUUAUUUUUCCUUUAAAAAAAUGAAAUUAGUAUCUCAUUCCAAUCUUUCAAAGGACUUUUCCUUAAUAAUAAAUGGUGCUGAUGACUACGAUGUUAUUAUCCAAGUUGGUGAAAACCAAAACACAAAAGAAUUUCGUGCACAUUCUGUUAUUUUACGUGCUCGUUCUCCCUAUUUUAAAGCUGCGCUUUCAGCCAAUUGGAUUACAAGGAAAAAUAAUAUGAUUAUGUUUAAUAAACCAAACAUUACUCCAAUUGUUUUUAAGAUGAUUUUAAAGUAUAUUUACACUGGUGAAAUUGAUUUGGCUAAGCAAUCGGGUGAAAACAUUCUUGGAUUGCUAAUUUCAGCUGAUGAAUUACUUCUUGAAGAAUUAUUCGAUUAUGUUCAAGAUUAUUUAAUUGAAAAACAAACCGAAUGGAUUCAUGAAAAUUUUGUAUUUGUUCUUAAUACUGUACUUAAAUCUCCUAGUUGCGAGAAAUUGCGAGAUUAUUGUCUUAACUCUAUCUGCAAACAUCCAACACAAUUAUUUUCUUCAAAUUCUUUCCCCUCAAUAAAUAGGGAAAUACUUCGUUGCUUGCUUAAAAGUGACGACUUACAAAUUGAAGAAAUUAUCAUUUGGGAUAAUUUAGUUAAAUGGGGUAUUGAACAAACUCCUGGUCUUGAAAGUGAUAGAGCAGAGUGGAACAAUGAGAAUUAUAAAGCGUUAAAGAAAACCUUAAAUCAAUUUAUUCCUCUCAUUCGAUUUGUGGAAAUUUUUCGUGCAGAUUUUUUUGAUAAAGUCCGUCCCUAUAAAGCUAUUAUUCCUAAUCAUAUUUUUGAGGAAAUUGAAGAAUUUUAUUAUAAGGACACCAUACCAAUAUUUACAAUUUCAACACCUAGAACUGGUCUUUUAAAUAGAAAAGGGAACUUUAGAUCAAAUAUUAUCAGACCAAAGCUUGCAAAUAUAAUCGUCAAUUGGAUUGAUAAAAAAAAUGCUAUGUCUACUCGCACUGGAAAUGAUCCGUCAUACAAGUUUAACCUUGCUUAUUAUGGUAGUCGUGAUGGAAUUGACAAUGAUACAUUUAAAAAUAAAUGCAAUGGUCAAGUGGCGAGUUUAAUUUUAAUUAAAGAAUAUAAAUCAACCAAAAUUUUUGGUGGUUAUAGUUCCAUUGGGUUUAAUUCAUUAGGAAAGAAUUAUUUUGAUGAAAAUGGUUACCGAUUUUAUAAUUCAUCAGAUAAUUUUAUUUUUUCAUUUGAAAACAGUGAAGAUAUACAAAAUAUGAAAAUAGGUCGUGUAAUAAACAAAUCUAGAGCCAUGAUGGAAUAUUUCUGUAAUGGGUUUAAUUUUGGUGGUGGUUCAUUUCGUAUGGUUAAUAAUAUGUUUCUUCUUAAUAAUUGCAAUAGGUAUGAAAAGAUUUUGAAUGAUGAAUAUGUCGGUACUAUUAAAGAGGUAGAAGUAUUUGUUGUUACUAAAGAAUAGUACCGUAUUCCUCCGAAAAUAAGCAAAAUAUUUUUGUUAUAACAUUGCUUAUUUUCGGAUAGUUCGAUUUUUUAAAAAUGAUAACAUGAUUCCUGUAAUUGCUGAUCUUUUAACAUGAAGACGAUCAAUUGUUUAAUUUCAGUUGGUUAUAGUUAAUAUUUUUACAUUUACCGUAAUGUGUAUGUUACGAUAGUGACAUGACUGACACAAUGUAAUGUAAUAAAAAAUUUUAAAUAAUAAAUAUAUGUUCAAAUAGUCACAGAAAAUAUAUUUUUAUUAAUGAAUUAUAUCAAACAAUUGCCCAAGUUUUAACGCAAAACUAGUUAAUAUUCAAGGUUGUUGCUUAUUUUCGGGUAUAAAUUAUUUUAGGAGUUGCUUAUUUUCGGGGUUGCUUAUUUCGGAGAAUACGGUAUUUCUUUUUAAAUUAUAUUAAGUAUGUCAAAUAAAAUUUUAUAAUAAUAAAGGAAUUAUGAAGUUAUC